CUAAGCCGAAUAGAUGUUGGCUGGCUAGGCUUCUACCUCUCUACUCACCCCACUCCUUCACUGGCCAUAUUUCUGGUGCACGGCUUCACAGAAGGCUUCCACACUGGCCUCAUUACCUUACCCCUCACCUCACACGAGUGCAAGAACCUCCAGUCAGCAGCCAUCGACACGCAAGCAAUCGACUCCUUACUACAGUCAGAAGUGGAUAAAGGCUUUGUUAUUGGCCCCUUCCCACAGUCUCCUUUCCCAGUCUGGAGAGUUAGCCCUAUUGGGCUUGUCAAGGGCAAGUUCACUAAUAAAGUCCGCUUGGUGUACGACUUGUCUGCGCCUCAUUGCUCCCACAUCCCCAGCCUGAACUCCCUAAUCCCCUCUGCACAGUUUUCCCUCAAGUACGCCUCAGUGGACCUGGCCAUCCAAACAAUCAUCUCAAUAGGCCCCGGAGCCUGGCUAUCCAAAGCGGAUAUAUCUGACGCAUUCAAGCUCCUUCCCAUUGAGCCGUCCCUCUGGCGCUGGCACGGCAUCAAAUGGAGAGAGGCCUACUACUUCGCCACCAAACUGACCUUUGGCUCAAAAAGUAGCCCAUGGCUCUUUAAUGUCUUUGCCCAGGCCCUCACAUGGAUACUGUCCCACCAGGCCCACUGUCACUCAGUCAUCCACUACCUUGAUGAUUUCCUGCUCAUUGAGCAACCAGGUACAUCCCCCACUGAUCUAGACAAAUUAAGGGUGGUCUUCAACAACCUAAAUGUGCCCCUAGCCGAGCACAAAGUAGAAGGACCAGCACAUUCCAUCACCUUCCUAGGUAUCAACCUAGACACACAAGCCAUGCAAGCGAGCCUGCCUCUUGACAAAUUAACUCGCAUCAGGGCUACUAUCCACGACUUCACUCAGUCGCAAGGAUGUACCAGGAGACAGUUACAGUCCUUACUAGGGAUGAUGAAUUUCGCUAUGAGGAUUAUCCCUCAAGGACGGUCCUUCAUAUCACGACUCUUAGUCUUUCUCACGCCAGCACAAGACCCAGACCGAAUCCUCAAGCUAGAUCAGGCAGCAGUAUCAGACUUGGCCAUGUGGGAUGAAUUCCUCACUAGCUGGAAUGGCAUCUCAAUGUUCAUCCCAGCUCUUUUAGACGAGUCUCCACAGGUGGUCACCGAUGCCGCAGCCUCCAGCGGCUUUGCGGCCAUAUUUGGCCGUCACUGGUUCGCCGAACCUUGGCCCCCAGAAAUCCUCCUAAUCCCAGGCUUCACCCAGUCGUCAUCUCUCUUCGAGCUUUACCCGGUCGUUGCAGCUGCCCAGCUCUGGGGCCACACGUGGACAAAUCAAACAGUGCUUUUUACCACGGACAACCAGGCCACAGCUGACAUAAUUAACAAGGGCAGAUCCCGAUCUCUCCAUAUUAUGUCCUUCCUGCGUAGGCUCGUGCAGCUGUCUCUCUGCCACCACUUUAAUUUUGUUUGUAGACAUAUUCCAGGCAAACUCAAUACCGCUGCUGAUGCACUGUCCCGUUUCAACCUCACCUUGUUUUUUCAGCAGGAGCCUGGAGCCGACCCAAUGUCCACCCCUGUCCCACCCUGGUCGUUGCUAACGAUGGAUUAAAAACUCACCUCGCCAACGCAACU